AUGGAACUGACUACCGCCGUUGCCUGUUUAAAUUGUCGAGAAAGGCACCUCAAAUGCGACGGGAAUCCGGCAGGAUGUGCUCGUUGUCAGUCCCUGAGUAUUUCCUGCCGCUUUGUCGCCUCUCGUCGGGGACGCAAGACUCGCACAGCAAUGCUGAAUUCUCAGCAAUAUGGGCUCUUCAUAGGCCGGGAUCGAGGUCGGCAGUGGAUCUCGCUUUACUAUCUACACUUUCACCAGGCACACCCAUUCCUUCCCCCAAUGGAAGUUCUUCUGGAGAUGGACCCUCCCACCUUCCUACUGGACAUGAUGGAGUUCAUCAGUCUACAUUACGUAUCCCCUCAGCUUUUGCAAGACAACACUAAGAUCCUCUUGGAGGCGGUGCAGGCGGCAGAGCUUACCGUUGAAAAGACGCAGGCGUUUCUUCUGCUGGCCAUUGUGCAGCACGGGCGACAGCAACCCCACGAAGCCCGAUCUUGUCUAGGUCAAGCCCUGCAAAGUGCGCUAGACUUGGGUCUGCACCGUCGCGAGGCCUCCGACGCGCUUAGCAUGGAGGCGCCCUUCAGAGCCGACAGUCUCCGCCGCACCUGGUGGGAGAUUUUCAUCGUCGAUGUGCUGCUCGCUGCAGUUCAGGUGGAUGGGUACCUGCAGUUCGAGAUGACAGAGACUCCUGAUGUGCCACUUCCCUGCUCAUCAGAAGAGUAUGAAGUCGGCUGUAUCAUGAAUCCUCUCCCUCCUACCCUUGCCGACCUGGAGCAAAAUAGCAUGUUCUGCGGUGAUGUCGAAUUCUCCCCGGCCGCCUAUCGAAUCGAGGCUGCUAUAAUGCUACGGAGAUGCAUGCGCGCAGGCCAGACACAUGUCGCCCAGGAAACCCUGGAUGUGCUCAGCGCCGCCAUCACCGCUUGGUUCCAUCGACUGCCAUCGAGUCGACGCUCUAUUCUCCAGUCGAGCGGCGUCCUGGACGAGAUGAUGAUGCAGGCUGUGAUGUUAAUGCACUGCGCCAGCAUUUAUCUCCACUUUUCUCGCUCUGGUCUACUGGUGUAUCUGCCCGUCACUGGCCGUAUCCUCUGCUCAUCGCCACCGUCUUUCAUCACCACCUCCGCCUACCCUCAACUACACACUGCAAAGGUGGCCGAGGGUGCCACACAACUAUCCAAAUUGGCAUCUUUGUCCACCUCGGUCGCCAACCAUACUCCGUUUUUCGGCUGCACGCUUGUCCUGAGCUCCGUCAUCCAGAUCGCAGUCAUGCUUAGCGAUGGGCCGCACCCAUCCGGGGCUAGACAGCAGUAUCUGGCUCUUAACCUGGCGGUCCUCAGGUCGAUGGGCGAGACAUGGCCCAUUGCUGCGAGUGCCAUGUCACGAAUCCGCCAGGCGGUAAUCGAGGUACACACGGCCGUUUCGUGUGACACGCGGCCAUUGCUAGACGUGCUUUCUCCUUUGGCCUGA